AUGGAUGACAUCUAUGCCAAUGUUGACUAUGACAAGUCUGUUGACCCAACACCUUCGACAAAUCAGACAGGUCCCAGGAGCUCAGAGAAGAGAUUUCAUGGAGCUGUUGUUCUCUGUCUGGGGCUGCUGAGUGUUUUCCUGCUGGCUGGGCUCAUCAGCCUCGGUGUCCACUCUGCAGAGCUCUCCUUUAUCAAAGCCAACCUGACUGAGCGUCUCCACGCCAGUGAUGACAAGUCUUUUUCCCUGACUGAAGAGAGAGACCGGCUGAACUCCAGGCUCACUGAAAUGGCUAAAGAGUUGGACCGGCUUAAACAGACUGCAGAGCUCUCCUCUAUCAAAGCCAACCUGACUGAGCGUCUCCAGGCCAGUGAUAACAAGUCUUCUUCCCUGACUGAAGAGAGAGACCGGCUGAACUCCAGCCUCACUGAAAUGACUAAAGAGUUGGACCGGCUUAAACAGAAGAAAACGUGUCCAGCAGGAUGGAGGAUGUUCAGUUCUUCCUGUUAUCUCCUCUCUGCUGAGUCUGGUUCCUGGGAGAAAGGCAGACAAGACUGCAGAGAGAGAGGAGCAGAUCUAGUGGUGAUAGAAAACUCUGAAGAGCAGACAUUUCUCUCUGAUUUCAUCAAAAAAGAUACUUGGUAUUGGAUUGGUCUGACUGACAGAGAUGAGGAGGCGACCUGGAAAUGGGUAGAUGGAACUCCACUGACUCUGAAGAACUGGAAGAGAGGGCAGCCUGAUAAUGGCCGUGGAUGUCACCAGUGUGGCAAAGAGGACUGUGCACAUAUUGGACCUACCACCGCUGAGUGGAAUGACCUGUCAUGUGAAAAAGUUAUGUACUGGAUCUGUGAGAAUAAAGCUUAACAUUGGUGUAUGUUUUGAGAUCAUACAUUUGAUAAUGCUUUUUACAGUGUAAGCUAUGAUCUCCGUCAUCAUGUGAUGAUGUGCAUGUGUGCUUGUGUGUCCAUAACAGGGUAUCAGUGAACACAAAUACUGGGACUAAUAUGUAUGUAAAUGCCUGAUUAAUCUAUAUCUAAUAUA